AUAGAAUCGACUCAGUCACCCCGCGACCGCGGCUCGACAGGUCGCGCCUUGCCAGAGUCCGAGCGACUGCAGUGCGAAUCAAAGUUAUAAAUGUUUACGAUUUAAGGUGCUUCACUAAACACGCAGUAACUUCUUUCGUAUACUCAUUUUGAUAUAAGAACAAAAUGGAUUGGAGGUCUCGUGUCUUCUUGUUCCUGAUGUUUAUCAGCGUUGCCAUUUCUGACAAUGAGGGAAACACAACGGAUCCAAGCGUCACAGAACAUCCACUUGAGCAGCAGUUAUCUCACACGAUCAAUGAGUUUGGUUACAAACUGCUCACUGAAGAGAUGAAACGGAACGCGGCCACGAACAUAGUAAUGUCCCCCACUGGUAUCGCAGGUCUCCUCGCGAUGGUGCUUCUGGGAAGCGCUGGCAACACCUACACGCAGCUGGCAACGUCGCUCGGGUUUUCCAAGGAUGUUCUUCGGAACCGCGCACACCACGAGCAGUUCGGCACGCUACUGCAACUCGUGAACUCCAGCACUGCAUACGCCGACGCCAUCUUUGUGGAACCGCGUGUACGAAUCCGUCCGCUGUACAGAGAGUUCCUACAACGCGUGUACAGAGGAGACGCGCGGAAUGUGGAGUUCAGCAAUAUGUCGGUGGCUAGAAACACCGUCAAUGAAUGGAUCAAAAACCAUACAAAGGGGAAGAUAGAAGAGUUCCUGAAGGAACCCCUCCCCAUCGAUACGAAGGUGGUGUUGCUGAGCGCGCUCUACUUCAGCGGACAGUGGGCCCAUCCCUUCUUGCCGGAACAUACGAAGAAGAUGGCGUUCAAGGCACCUACAGGCGACGUCAUGGCCGAUAUGAUGUUGAAUUUUGGACAGUUCCAGUACAUAUAUUCAGCAGAAGACGGCGUGCAAAUGAUAGCGUUACCCUACAAGGACACAACAACCACAAUGUACGUGCUGAAGCCACUGAAAAAGCUCUCCCUACCAGAUCUAAUGAGCCGAUUAAACUACUCUCGAAUCGACCAGCUCAUAGGCAACAUGACCAUCAAUGAAAGAGCAAUCAUACGAUUUCCAAAAAUGGAUUUGAAAAACUCGAUCCACUUAGAAAAGAGUCUCAAGACUAUAGGGUUGAGUGAAAUGUUUGCUCCGACCGCGAAUUUCGCGCUGAUGAUAGAUACGGACAAAGAUCAUUCCGAUGAAGAGUUGUUGACGCGGAUAAUCUUCGAGGAUAAGUCCCAGCAUAUUAAGGAUGCUGUGAACGGGCUCCCGAACCCGGGGGUUCAUGUGGACACGGUGCUGCAUGAAGUUAGAAUCACUAUAGAUGAAUUCGGCACGGAGGCGGUAGCGGCCACUGGCGGGUUCCUGUCUCGCACGGCGGAGCAGUUCUACGUGGACUCGCCUUUUUACAUGUUCAUCAGAGACGAGAGCUCCAAACUAGUCACCUUCAGUGCUGCCAUCUUUAAUCCUACUUUAUAAAGGACACUUGUAAUAUUAAAGCCGGGGUUGCAUUAGAGCCACGCCGCGUGGGAUUGUAUUCGGUUAUACGGCCGCUCGGCGACACGCGGGACUGAGCUAAUGUAACCACGUUCAUACAAAAUGUAUGUAAACCGAUUGCGUUGCGACACGCGGCGUGACUCUAAUGUAACCCCGGCUUAAGAGUCCCCACCCCAAGCCUAUCGACGCGGAAUCGGCUUUCGUCGACCAAAAAUCGCUCGUUAGUAUGAACAUGCCUUACGCGUGCGUUCAGCGACGACGAAGCCAUAUUUGUAUUUAAAUAAAUGUAAACAAAAUCUACCCCCAAAAGGUUAAAAAAUAAUUAAAUUGACGGUAGUUCAGGGUAAAUGGAAACAUUACACGACCAAAUAAGAAGGUAAAGACAGGUUGCUCAAUGACAGAUGCACUUGGUUUUUGUAUUUGGUUGGUUUAACGAAAAAUAUUGUAACUACCCGAAAAUAUACAAAUAAUAAAUAAAUAUUGGGGACAUCUUACACAGAUCAACUUAGCCCCAAACUAAGCAAAGCUU